AUGAAGUGCUGCGGUUUUCUCCUCCUUCUGACCGCCUGUUUCAUUUUACAGGUUUGUAAGAAUACUCUUGUCCAGUCAUUUUUCACAGAUAAAAUCGGACGAUCCGUUCAAAGUGACGGAUAGUUUCCCACCAAUUCCUUUCGGAGAGAAGGGAGCUGCUUUUAUUGAUGAAGACGACGAUGGGUUGGUUUUAAAUGCAAGUUUUUCAAAGGUGGUACUUGGAACCAGAUAAUAGCAGUUUUUUUUUCUCGAACUUAAAUAAAUUAAACUGCCAAUCCAACCUUAAAACUGAAUUUUUUCGCUUCUUGUACGAAAUUUUGGUAUCCAACUAUCGCACUAUUCGUAAACUGAAGAAACGUUUAUAAAUACUAAUAUUCGAAGAAACCAAGAUUUUCAUUUUCGGUGGGAUUGAUUCUAAAAUCUUCCCCUUUGACCCUUUUUAUUUCGAUCAAAAUAAGCCUCUCCAGCCGCAAUAUUCCCCUUAUUUCUAGUUUGCUCAUUAAUUCUAAAAAUAACACCAAGUUUGAAGCAAACCCGACGAGAUUGAUCAUCGGCAUGCGGUGAACAAUGAGAUCAUCGGCGCUUUCUCCAACAAGCAAACAUUCGCCUGUCCCCGAGCAAAACCUCAACUUCAUACUGUACGCGAAAUACAAAUCCAAUGACGUGAAAUAGGACUUCAGGGGGAUAACAUGGCGAAUAUCAGUCCCGAGGACAUUUCCAUCGUGGCAGCAAUGGGAGAUUCACUAGCGGUUAGUUUUAUUAGAAACAAAUAAAUUGGCAUCGAAGGUACUCAGGUCUUUGGCUUAUUUUCCACUCCUCAUCCUCAUCUUUUCUAUCAGGAAAGUAUUGCCGGUGGCCGGUUGAGAUUUCCGUGAAACUUUGCAGAAACGUAAUCUGGGGGCUUCCGAAAAAGUCUAUUUCCUUCCAGUUGGAAAUCGAUAAUAUUUUUUUGUCGUAGAAACUCUUGUCUGUCGAUUCGCAUGGAACUGUGGGAAAACACAGUUUUUGUGUUUGUCAAAAAAAAAAUCGAGGAAUAACAAAAAUGAUCGAAAAACUGUCGAAAAAUAAAAGCAAACGGCUUGAGUUUGAUUCUUAAGCUCCCGCCAAAAACCUCAAGAUGGAAAGAAUUAAUUCUAACAUAUGUGCUUCUGCAGCCUCUAAAAUCAGGAAAAAUGACUAUAUAAGAUCACAAAAAAGUCUUGGCCAAGUUUUGGAACUAAAUCAAAGACGACAAGUUUUGAGGCACCAUAACGCGUAUAAAAAACUACACAAUUCUCCUUUUUUAAUUUGAAAUAAGAAGACCGAAAAGUACAUUUCUGCAAAAUUUCAUCAAGCAUUUCCCUUCAAGAAAGUUGAAAAUCGUAUUAACACUUCCACUUUUUCAGUCCGGACGAGGUCUUUGGUUUCCAACAAACGUCGAGUUCCGCGGAGCAGCUUUUCCCAUUGGAGGCGAUGCCACUUUUGAUGGUCUCGUGACGAUACCAAGUAUUUCUCAGUUCCAAAAUAAGACAGGCGAAGCUUUUUUUCUAGACAUUUUGCGACAAUUCAAUGACAAAAUCGACGGAGUUUCCCAUGGAAUGGGUACGAGAGAUCGGAUACCUGACUAUCAGUACAAUGUUGCCGAGGCAGGAAGCGAAACGGACGAUCUUCCAGCCCAGGCAGGAAUUUUAUUAUGCCAGAAAAAGUUUUCUCGCCCCUAGCUUACAAAAGAAUAAAGUUGAACAUUUUCUCUUAGAGAACAAAGAAAUACAAAAAAAAAUCAUUUCUACAUCAUUUUACAGUUUCUUAUCAUUGUUAUGUCUUUUUUUCCUGAUAAAAUAUGAAACAUUGAAAAUCUCACGCAAAGUCAUGACUGAACUAAUUUUCGCUUGAGAAACACGACAUUCCCGUUUCAAAUUUUUUGAUUGAUUUUUCUUCAAAUUUUAUUACUUUUUCUAGGCCAAAGAACUUGUCCGUCGGAUGCGCACUCAUGUCCGUCAAUUUUAUGAACGCUGGACUCUUGUUACGAUCGCAGCGGGAACAGAAGAAGUUCGAAAAAAAUUACUUAUCAACUGAUAAUAUUGUGUUGAGUUUUGCGCUCGCUGUGAGCCGCCGAAUCAUCCGUCGCUCCGCAGAACGAUGGGAACUUUAAGAAAAGGAAUACCAAAAGCUCUCGUGAUCCUUCUUGGACCUCUUCACGUUUCAUGGAGCUACAAGCAGAAUAUCAACUUAUUGAGGUGAUAUUCAAGAAAAAGAAAAAUGUAAUGUGAUGAAAGGAAUUUUUUGAGACGAUCGUGCAAUUUCGGAAUCGAGGUCAUAGUUGAAAAAUUCGACCAUGUUUUAAACUUUGGAAAAUUAACUUCUAUCACCAACUUCAUCCGUUUAAAAUAUACUUGAACUUGGUAUCUUUGUACAUAACAAGAAAAAUUAGAAUAGGAAAACUUCUUUCGAAAUUUUUGACUUUGACUGCAAUAAACUCUGACGCAAUUGAGAAGGUUUUUUCUCAUUUGGAUUGGCUUAGAAAGUUGCUGUUAAAAUUUAAUAUGCUCUUAAAAAAAAGCCGGCUCAAUUUCAGUUAAUUUCAAUUAAUUUCAACGCAACAGUGCGCAAGUCGCUUUGGGUCGGUUGCUUUCUUAGUUAAGUUAAGAUUAAUAAAAAUUAAAAAAAAUCUUUCAUUACAUUCACUCCCAGCUGAGUUUCAGAUCCCGAUGUCCGUGCUUAGGAAAUCUCACAAGAACAGACUACAAAGACCUUGUCUACAGAUGGAAAACAACUUUUUUGAAAGUCGAGGUAUUUUUUUCUCUCUGAAGUCCGACUUUAAUCUUCUUCUCAGCAAGAGUUCAACAGUUUGAACUACACAACUUUUGGUGUUCUGACGAUUCCAGCGCUCACUAUUCAUUCAAGAGAACCUGAGACGCUUUUCAUAGAGAAUGGCCCCUUGUUGAACAGGUGAAAUAAUCUUGACCUUACCUGUAAUCAAAAGUUUAGAAAAGGUCAUACUUAUGCGGCCAAAUCCUUGUGGAACUUCUUGAUGGCCGGACCAAAUUAUAACUUAUCGAGGACUAUCAUCUCUCAAGACUCUUAUUAUUGCCCUUCAGUGGUGGAUAACAUUUCGAGAAAAUGGACGAACAUAGAGAUUCCAGGGCUGUCCUUACUUCCGAACAGUGCAAAACUUCGAGCAUUGUCAAGUGAUCACGGAGGAUUACUGGCAGGCGGUCUAUCGUCCAACUUUGCCUCCAAAUGGGACAGUUGUGCCCCAUAAUGAGCAAGUCCGGAGACAUCUUCUAGGAGUUAUCGGCUUAGUUACGGCUCUUGCUCUGAUCUCUGUUCUGUGAGUUUUAUGAAAACUUUGUUUUUUUUUAUGGAUAUCAGUGAGCUCUUGAUGAUCUUAGUGAACCUUAAAAAUAGAAAAUAGAACUUUUUAAAGCUGAUCAAAAAAUAAAUGAAACUUCACCGGAAUGCCUUAGGAUCAUAAUUUCUGGAACACGCGAACAUUUCCCAACCUAGAAAACCUUGAAGUUUAGGUAAUACUUAUACAUCAUUAAAAAAAUGGGUUUUUUUGAAGUCUUUGAAACCUCAGAAGUCUUUGAAGCAUGUAAAAUCAAAAAAAAAAUUUUUCCACCUUCAGGAAAAGUUUCCUGGAAAGACUAUUUGAUUGAGAAAUUGCACAUAUGUGAAAAAAAUUACAGGAUCUUUGGAACAGUUUUCUACCGCCAUGGAAUGAAAGCGACAAAGGGCCGAUUCGAUUACGUGGAUGAUGUGCCCGAAGAUGAGGAUUCGCAAACAAUGACAACUCAAAUUAUUUAA